AUGACACUUGCACACGUACGGAAUUCGGCGAAGAUCCGCGAGAAGGUAGAGAGGAAUGGGAAGGAGGAGGAGAAUGAGGAGAAGGCGAAGAGGAAGGGGAGUAAGGACGGUGGUGAUGGCGAGAAGGAGGAGGAAGACGAGAAGGAGGAGGAAGAGGAGAAGGAGGAGGAAGAGGAGAAGGAGGAGGAAGAGGAGAAGGAGGAGGAAGAGGAGAAGGAGGAGGAAGAGGAGAAGGAGGAGGAAGAGGAGAAGGAGGAGGAGAAAGAUGAAGCUUGCAAGGAGGAGAGAGAGGUGGCGGGUGAGGAAGAAGGUAAGGAGGUUAAAGUGGGGAGUGGCAGGGAUGUGAAAGAGGGGGGUGUAAGAGAGGAUGAGGUGGAGGAAGAGGAGGAGGAGGAAGAAGAGGAAGUAGGUGAAAACAAGUCGGGAACAGAGGAGGGGUGGAUGGCUUGGAAAGGAGAUCCUCGUAGGAUCGAUCUGCGAGAGAAUGACGAGGAUAGAACGAGCGAGCAUGAGGUGGCCGGAUCUGGCUCGUCUCAGGGGUCCGAUUCUACAUCCGGCGAGGCUGUUGCAUCAGGCGGGGGAUCGCGUGGUGCUAUGGUGGUCUCUGGUAGCUCUAGCAGCAGGCGAGGCGCAGGCGACAGAGGGGUUUCAUCGCAACAGGACGAAGGAUCCAAGGGAUCGGGUCCUGGUUACCUUGAACCCUCAGAUCCGCGAUUCGCGGAAGUGAAAUCGGAAUGCGAAAAGGCAGUGAAGGCGCUUCGCCGUGGCAACGCUCCGAAAGCGGUGAAGCUUAUAAAGGAAGCCACGGGGAAAUUCACGUCCGUUCCGCUGUGCCACCGCGUGAACGGACACAUCCACCUGAAACUCGCGAACAUGAUCGAGGAUGCUUCCACGAAGCAGCGCCAUCUACGCACCGCGUUAGAAUCCGCCCUUAAAGCCACGGAACUCUCUCCGAACUCCGUCGAGUACGCCCACUUCUACGCGCAGCUUCUCUUCGAAGCGGCCGACGGGCGUGACUAUAGCGAGGUUCUGCGCGAGUGCGAGCGCGGCCUGGGAAUCGAAUCGCCGGUAGAUCCGGCGAAGGAGAGCCUGCAGGAGGAGAGUCAGCAGGAGCUGGCGACGCCGGCGGAGCGCGUAACGCACGUGCAGAACGAGCUGCGCGGGUUGCAGCAGAAGGCCAACAUCGCGUCGUUCUCGACCAUCUGGCGCAGCUUCGGCAACGGCGCGGACGAGCGGUUCAAGUUCCUGCAGGUGAAGAAGAUCUCAGACGAUCCGAUUGAGCCUCGAUUGUAUUUCUCCGUUCCUCUUUCCCCCAUUCCUCAGACGUUCUUCGUCCCUCCACCCUCCUAUCCCCCCGUCCUCGCUCAAAAGCAGGUGAAGAAGAUCUCAGACGACCCCAUCGAGCCCCACUUGUAUUAUCCCGCUCUUAUUUCUUCCAUCUCCCAUUCCCCCUCCCCCUCUCCCCCUUUGUUCCUCCAAAAGCAGGUGAAGAAGAUCUCAGACGAUCCAAUCGAGCCCCACUUGUAUUAUCCCGCUCUUAUUUCUUCCAUCUCCCAUUCCCCCUCCCCCUCUCCCCCUUUGUUCCUCCAAAAGCAGGUGAAGAAGAUCUCAGACGACCCCAUCGAGCCCCACUUGUAUUAUCCCGCUCUUAUUUCUUCCAUCUCCCAUUCCCCCUCCCCCUCUCCCCCUUCGUUCCUCCAAAAGCAGGUGAAGAAGAUCUCAGACGACCCCAUCGAGCCGCGCUCGUCUCUACCGCCGCGGCGCAUCCACGAGGUGAAGCGCGUGGUGCGCACGCUGGAGGAGCGCCGCCAGGAGAUCGAGGUGCGCGUCACGGCCGCUCGCCUGCUGCAGCAGCAGCAGCAGCAGCAGCUGCAGCUGCAGGGGCAGGGGCAGGGCCAGGGGCAGAGCGCAGCAGCAGACGGAGGCGGGGCUGGAGCUUCCGCGUCCGCCUCGGAUGCUGCGCCUGGUUCCGCGUCCGCCCGCGGGGAGCGGAAGGGGGACGCGGAGGAGGACGGCGCAGGGGGGAAGGAUGGGGCGGGGGGGAAGAGGCGCGGGGGGCUGGACGGGGCGAAGCGGCGGAGGGAGGUGCUGGCGGGGAGGCGCGGGGCGAGGGCGCAAUCGGCUAUAGAGGAGAAGGUGGAGAAGGUUAGACCGUUUUGGAAGACGCUGGGGCAGGAGGAGAAGGAUAAGAUUCUGGAUAUCCCCAUUGCUGACGUGUGCGAUGGCCUUGCCAAGUCAGCACGCGGCGGGAAGGGGGCGGGGGUGGGGAGCGCUGGCGGAGGGGGAGGCACAGGAUUGGGAGGUGGAGGGGGAGGAGAAGGGGGAGGCGGAGGCGGAGGCGGAGGCGGAAGAGGGGGAGGGCAUGCAUCUGCUAUCAGCAGCGGUGGUGGUAGCGUUGGGUUGGGGGGGGAAUCUGCAGCGUCAGCGGCGGCAGCAGCAGCAGCAGCAGAGGAGCUUAUGUCUGAAGCGCUCAGUUUCGCCAAGGAGCGGAAACACUGGCAGUUCUGGGCGUGCUGCCUGUGCGACGAGCGGUUUAUAGACGCGGAGUCGUUUCAGGCGCACAUGCAGGAGGAGCACAUAGGGAAGCUGAGCGCGGAGCAGGAGAGGAUGAUUCCCGAGGAGGAGGCGCUUUCCUGGGAGGAGAUUUUUACUAGGUUGGAUGUUACGCCUGUGGAUGGUAUUGAGGCGGUGAGGAGGCUUGUAGAGGGGAUGAGUGGGGCGGGUGGUGGGGUGGGUGGGGAGGGGGGUGGGAAGGGUGUGGAGGAGAGAGAGGGGAAGAGGAAGGGGGGUGAGGAGGGUGGUGAUGGUGAGAAGGAGGAAGAGGAGAAGAAGGAGGGGAAGGAGGAGGAGGAGAAGGAGGAGAAGGAUGAAGCGUGUGCGAUGGAGCUGGAUGGAGAGGCGACAGAGGAGGGAGAAGCGGAGGGAGCAAAGGAGGGAGCAGAGAAGGGAGCGGAGGAGGGGGCCAAGAAUGGAACGGAGGAGGGAACUGAGAAGGGAGAAGGGGAGGGAGCAGAGGAGGGAGAUGUGGAUAUUGAGAAGGGAGUGGCCGCUGCUCUAGGCGAGACCAAAGGUGGCAGUGAGGAGGGGAAGAAGGGGGGUACUUCGGGGGACUCGGGAUCCGGAAAGGAUUCAGGCGAGGAGGAGAGAGAGGUGGAGGGUGAGGACGAAGGUAAGGAGGUUAAAGUGAAUUGUGACAGGGAUGGUAAAGAGGGGAGUGCAGGAGAGGAUGAGGAAGAGGAUGAGGAGGAGGAGGAGGAAGAUGAGGAGGAGGAAGAAGAGGAGGCAGGUGAAAGCAAGCUGGGAACAGAGGAAGCUGGAGCAGGGGAGAAGGGCUGUGUCACUGAAAAGGAAGCAGCAGCAGCGGCAGCAGCGGCGACGGCUGCGGCAGAGGCGGCGGCAGCAGCAGCGGCAGCAGCAGCAGCAGAGGGUUGCAGGCAUUGUGGGGAGUCGCUGCAGUGCCGGCGGCAUGCGAGAGCGCUGCCAGUAGUGCAGGACAGGGAGAGGCAGCGGGAGCUGAUGCGGCUUAAGCAUAUAGUGGAGCGCAUGCUUAAAGCGGGGAUACUGACCCGCGACCACAUGGCGCGUAUGGUGCAGUAUACCAUGGUUCAGGUGCAAGCCAUGGCGGAGAGAGCUUUUGAGGCGCCUGCCGUGCCUCAGAAGUCGUUGCAGGUGCAAGGCAUGGCAGAGAGAGUGCAGAAGGGUUUGGAUGAGAGCGGGGGGAGUAGUGCAGGUAAAAUGGAAGAGAAGGGUGGGGAGAAGGGAGAGAAGGGUGGAGAGGAGAAGGAUGAAGAUUCACUCAAGUGGCCGGAUAAGGACGGGCUCGCUAAGGAGCAAAUGGAGGAGGGAGCAUGUAAGGAACGUUCCUUAGGCACGACUUGUGAGGAAGAGGGGACUUACGAGGCGUCUCGUAAGGGGUCCCUUGCUCGCCCCCCAGUCACUUUUGAGUCGACUCAAAAGUCAGCUCUUGCACGCCCCCCAGUCACCUUCACCCCGUCGCCAGUCUUUGUGCGUUUCCUGCCGGCUCGCGACAUACAGGAGCUGCAGGCGUACCUGCUAGAAGCGGAACAGGGGGCGUACUAUAACGAGAACAAGGAGGCUGUGCUGCCGGACAGGCUCCUGCUAGAUGAGGAGUUCACGAGAAUCAUAUUAGAUGAGCGUGUGUUGAAGGAUGUGGCUGAAGAGCCGAAGCUGCCUUUUAGGGAUGCUGUGGGGGGGAGGGUGGAGGCAGGAGGGGGAGAGAAGGGCAAGGAGGAGGCGGGAGAGGGAGAAGGAGGGAGGGUGGAUGCGGGAGAGGGAGGAGGGAAGGGGGGUGGGGUAGAAACUGGUGAGGGAGACAGGAAAGGGAAGGCUGGUGGAGUGAAGGAGACGGAGGGUAGGGAGGGAGGAGGAGUGAGGAAGGAAGGGGCGGGAAUCGAAGUGAGGGAAGGUGUGGGAGCAGCAGGGGUUGAUGGAAGCGCUGGUGGGGAUGCUGACGUUGGUGGUGGGGCUAGGCAGGUGGGAGAGCAGGAGGGGAAGGAGGCCGGGAAGGAGGUGAAGGGAGAGGGGCAGAAGGAAGAAGGGGGACAGAAGGAGACGAAGGGAGAGGGAAAGCAGAAGACCGGGAAGGGAGAGGCGGGUGAGGAGGUGAAAGCAGCAUCGAAAGGUGAGGAGAAGGAGGAGAAGGAGGAAGGGGGGGAGGAGGAGGAGGAGUUGACGGUUGCAGUGCCUGAGGACCCCAGCAUGAAGUGGCCUCUGCCCCUCAUGCGCGUGCGGAGAGGCGAUGGGGCAGUGGGAGGAGCAGGGGGAGGAGCAGGGGGAGGAGCAGGGGGAUCGGUGGGUGUGGGAGCACAAACAGCAGCAGGAGGGGACGGAGGGGGGAAACCCACUGCCGGAACCCCUGCUUCUGGUGCCGGUGCUGGCGCUGGUGGUGGUAGUGGGGGUGCUUCUACUGCUGCUGCUGCUGCUGCUGGUGCUGGUGCUGAUGGUGUGACUGGUGGUGCUGCUGACGCGCCCAGGCAUGACGAUUUGCAGCUUGCGUGGAUCUUCGGGCGGAUGGAUUACGAGAUGGCAGCGCCAGCGUGGCGGUGUGCUUAUAAAGAGGGCCUGGAGAAGGCGAGGGAGGUGAUGGAGGGGCUAGACACGGAGUACAACUCGUUAAAGUCACAAUGCGAUAGAAGGAUAGAGCUGGGGAUCGCGGAGCGAAAGCUGAGGAAGAUGGAGAGGUUGUUUGAGAAGGAGAGGCGGCGGAGGGAGAGGGACCCGGGGUAUGUGAAACGGUUUGCGAGUGUGCUUAAAAGGAGGAUGGCGGAGCUUGCAGAGGCGGAAGAGGAGGCAUUGAGGGGGAUUGCGGAUGAGGAGGCUAGGGCAGCGGAGGAAGGGCGGGGGAAGGGCGGAAGGGGAAGUGGGGGGGCGGAGAAGAGAGGAGAGGGGGGUAAGGAGGGGGGUGAGGAGGGGGAUAAGGAGGAGGAGGUGGAGAAGAGAGGAGAGGAGGAGGAUUCGGAUGAGGGGACGGCUUUGCUGGGUGAUGGGGAGAGGAAGAGAGGGGGCGAGAGGAGGGAUGCUGAAGUGGGGGCGAAAGGAGAGGCGGAUGGGGUGGAAGAAGGUGGUGAGGGGAGUGAGGGGGGUGAGGGGGGGAGGGUAGGCGCAGGGAGUGAGGCGAGAGAGGGCUCGAAGGAAGGGGAGGGUAAGGAUGAAAAAGGGGAAGAUGGGGUAAAAGGGAAGGAUGUGCCAGGCGAAGAGGUGGGAGGGAAAGAGAAGGAAGGGGAAGGGGAGGCGAAGGAGAAGGAGGGUAAGGAGGAGGAAAAGGAGGAGGGAAAGGAGGACGAGGAAGAGGGGAAGGAGAAGGGGAAGGAGAAGGGAAAGGAGGAGGGGAAGGAGAAGGGGAAGGAGGAGGGAAAGGAGGAGGGGGAGAAGAAGCAGGCAAAGCGGAAGGUGUGGACGGAGAGGAGGCUGCGGGCGAAUAAGAUCGAGACAAGUGUCAUCCGCAGCGUGCUGAGUGAUUACCAGACGGCGCUGUUCAGUGAGGUGAGUAAGAGCCGCUCGUGCUGUGUGUGUGGCGACCCGCUCUCCCUCACGCCCUCCCACCUGGGCGGCACAUACUCUCUUCCCCUCCGGCACCAAACAACCCCCCCAAUCAUUCUUCCCCUCCCCCGCCCCCUCCCCCUUCCGCUUCCCCUUCUCUCCCCAUUCCCCCUCAGCCUCGCAUGCCGUGUGGCGAUCUGCUCUCCCUCGCGCCCUCCCAUCUGGCCGGCACGUUCUCUUCCCCCUCCGGCACCAACCAACCCCCCCAAUCAUUCUUCCCCUCCCCCGCCCCCUCCCUCUUCCGCUCCCCCUUCUCUCCCCAUUCCCCCGCAGCCUCGCAUGCCGUGCGGCGAUCUGCUCUCCCUCACGCCCUCCCACCUGGGCGGCACCGAUUCGGAUGAGGACGAGCACGACAGCUGGCGCGGGCCGGAGUUUGCCGCCCAGCUGGACCUGCGCAUGGAGGGCGCGAUUCGGAGCCACAGGAGCAGCAUUCUGGCAGAGAAGGAGCAAGCGGAGGAGAGGAUUCUGUGCCAUCUGGAGGCAGUUCAGAAGGCCAACGCGAAGCUCCACCAGGCGACUGUGUUUGACUACCGCGCCGCCAUGCUGCCCAUCGUCAAGACGUUCCUGCAGAAUCGCUUGGAGCAAGCAGCAGAGCAGGACGCGCAGAAACGCUCCGACGCUGCCCAAGAGGCGUUCCUUGCUGAGCUGGACAAGCAGGGGCAGGUGGAAAAAAACCGAGAGAAAAAGAAGGGCAAGGAGCGGGCCAAGAGUGGGAAGGGUGGUGGUGGGGGAGGAGGCGCAGGGGGAGGAGUAACAGGAGGAGGAGGAGGGGAGAGUACUGGUAGGGUGGCAGGAGCGGAGGGAGGAGGGGAGGGCGAAGGAAGAGAGAUAGGGAGCAGUAGUCAGCUAAGGGACAGUGACAUGGAAGGAGGGAAUGAGGGCGAGGAGGAAGGGGAGGGGGGAAGAGAAGGAAAAACGGAGAAGCAUUUGAGGCAGGCAGGGGGAGAGAGAGACGGAGAAAGAGGGGAGAGAGAGAAAAGAGAGAAGAGGGAGAGGGAGAGGGUGAGGGUGCCACAGAGUGCGGCAGAGAGGGAGGAGGAGGCUCAGAGGCGGAGGGAGCAGCAGGAGAUUCUGCGGCAGCAACAGGAGAUGGAGGACGAGGAGAGGAAACUGGAGUGGGCUCUGUCUCUCCAGAGGCAAGCAGAGGAGGCGGCGAAACGGCAGAGAAUGGCUGAAUUGGAGCGGCUCAGGCUGAUGGGUGGUGGUGGGGAGGCUAAGUCGAGGGGGGUUGGGAGAGAUGGGAGUGGUGGGGUGCAAGAGGUGAGGGUACGGAUGGGGGAGGUGGAAGGGGGGAUGGUGAGAGGGAGGCAAGGGGAUUGGGAGGACGGGAGUUGUGAGGGGUCGAGCUGGGAGAGGGCUAAUGGAGGUUCUGGGUUCGGGGUUUUGCAAGAGACGGCGGUGAUGCAGGGGCCGGAAGGGUUUGCUGCAGGUGCCGGUGCUCCGACCCAAUGGCCACAGCAGACCCAGCAGUUACAGCAGGAAGCGGCUCGAGUUGGCGGUUCUUUAGCUGACUCUUCUUCUUCUGCAGGAGUGGGUUUGGCUGGUAGCAGUGGUACGAGGCUAAGAGAUUCUGAUGGAAGGGAUGAAGAAGGGUGGGGCGCGGUGGGUGUGGGUCAGACAGGAGGGCGGGGUAAGGGGCUGGGUGGGGGGCGGGGCGGGAGGGAGGUGGCAGGGGGUGUGAGUAUGGGGAAUGGGAGUGUGGAGAGUGGUGGGUGGCAGAAGGAAGAGGGUGGUUCGAGGGUAGGAGGAGACUCAGGUGGCAUAGUGCGGACUAUAGCGAGUUCGAGCCAACGUUUGGGGCACAAGGGCCGUGGGAGAGACGUUGCUGUGCCUCCAUCCCUGCAGCAGCAGAAAGUGCCGAAUCAGCAAGGCGAGUCGCAGAGGUUCAGGGCAGGGCAGAGUCAAAUUCAGGGUGCUGCUGCCACCCCGCCUGCGAAUGCUGGGCUGCUGGGAACGCCUCUCGCGCAGAGAGCUGCUUCAGGUGAAAAUCCAGGUGCUGCUGCGGGCAGUGGCGGUGCUGUGUCUGAUGGAGGGAGUGCUACUGGGUCUGGCGAAGGAGGGGGGUUAGGCGGAGGCAAGAACAGGUCGAGGCGGAAGAGGGGCGGCAAGGGCAAGGCAGGCGGAAUGGGAGGGCAGCUGGAGGGGGGAUUGCAGGGGGGAGGUGGUUUGCAGGCGGGAGGGGGUUCACAGGUAGGCGCACGUUUUCAAGCAGGAGAGGGUUCAGAAGGAAGCACAGGGGCAGCUGAAGCUGGAGAUGCGCGUGGUCCUGCUGCUGCACUGGGUACGGGCACGAGCUCAGGGUUUAGUGGGUGGGGCGGGAAGGGGUAUGCCGGGGGGUGGGGUGAUGGGUCACAGGGGGAGGAGAGACAGGGUCGGGCUGGGGCUUGGCCGGGGCAGAUGGGUGGAGGUAUGGGGCCAGCUGGCACUGCCGCUGCUGCAGCCGCUGCCACUGCUGCUGCAGCUCCCAGUGCCGCUGCAGCUGGCACCACUGGUAAGCCGCAGCACGGACCAGCAGCACCACAGGCGGGUCUCAGCGGUGCUGCACCGGACAUGGGCAAAACAAGCGGUGUGGGUGGGGGGAGUGCGGGAACUGGUGCUGCCGUUGCUGCUGGUGGGAUUGGUGGGGGAGCAGGGGAUGGGUAUGGGUCACUCAUGCCCCUACAAACGGUCCCUCUGGUACCAGUGCCUAUGGCAUACCCCAUGCCCGUCCCUCUCCCCAUGCCCAUGCACAUGGGCGCACACAUGGGUACGGCUCCCAUGGGUGCCCCUAUGGGUGCUGCCCCGUUUCCGCCCGCCCCCAUGCCUCCUCUUGCUGCUCCAGGAGGUCCAGGCUCGGCAGGAGGUUCGGGCGCCGGGCCUGCUGGUUUGGCGAGCCUGGUUUCAGGGCCGGUGGGGUAUAUGGGGGCGCAGGGAGGGUCUGGCGUGGGUCCUCUUGCGGGUGCUCCUGGUGCUGGCGGUGCUGCUGCUGCUGGUGCUGCUGGUGGCGACGUCUCAGGAGCGGUGGCACAGACAGCAGGUGCAGCAGCAGGGCAGUCGGAACGUGCAGCAGCAGCAGCAGCAGCGGCGGCGGCGGCGGCGGCAGGGGCGGCUGGGGCAGCGGGGGUAGGGGGGGAUCCGGCAGUGCUUAUGGCGUAUCCUGCUGGGACUGCUCCUGCUGGUGGUUUGGGUGUAGCAGUGGGGGGACGAGGAGGGCAAGGAGGGGAAAGAGGGCAAGGAGGGGUGGGAGGGACAGGCACAGCACAGCAGCAGCAGCAGCAGCAGCAGGUGGGGCAGUCGGGAGCGUUUGCAUCGCCGAGUAAGCUGUCUUCUCACGCUGCUCCCUUUGUUCCCGGGGGGCUGGCUGUGGGGUAUCACACUCAGCAGCAGCAGCAGCAGCAGCAGCAGCAGCAGCAGCAGCUGGGUUUGCAGCCUCAGGCUCAUGCGAUGCACUCCCAAAUGGCACAGCCUCAUGGGAUGGGAGAGACUCAACAGACGGGAGGCCCUGUGAUGGGGAUGGAUGCACGUGGAAUGGUGGAGGUGGGAGUUAGGGAAGCAGGGGAAAGAGGAGGGGCAGGAGUGGCGGCAGGAGUAGGGGCGGUAGCAGGGAGGGGAGCAGCAGGAGGGGCAGUGGGUUAUUAUGAGAAUUCUCAGGAUGCCCAUGCAGGUGUGUCAGCAGGGGAUGCGGGAGGAAGGGAAGCAGCGGUGGUGGAUGUGCGAAGAACAGGAGGUGGGGAGAUGGUGUGGGAAGGAGGGCGGGGAGAGAGUGAGGGGGCUGUGGAGAUGGGGGGAAGGAAGGAGUGGAAUGAGGGAGUGAUGGAGCAGGUAGGGGGUAGUGAAGGGCUGAUGGGGGAAGGAAUGGAGGGUGGAAGAGAGGGAGGAGAGGAAGGACGAGUGGUGGGAGGAGAGGAGGGAGGGGAGGAAGGAGGAAAGGGGGGAGUAAUGGCGGGAGUGGUGGGAAUGGAGGGAACGGAGGUUGAAGGUAGGAGUGCUGCUGUGGAUCACGAGGAGGAGGAUGAGCAGUUUCAAGCAGACCUUCAACGAGCCAUGCAGCAGAGCAUAGGUGAGUGGGUAAUGGUGGGAAUGGAGGGAAUGGAGGGAACGGAGGUUGAAGGGAGGAGUGCCACAGUGGAGCACGAGGAGGAGGAUGAGCAGUUUCAAGCAGACCUUCAACGAGCCAUGCAGCAGAGCAUAGGUGAGUGGGUAAUGGUGGGAAUGGAGGGAAUGGAGGGAACGGAGGUUGAAGGGAGGAGUGCCACAGUGGAUCACGAGGAGGAGGAUGAGCAGUUUCAAGCAGACCUGCAACGAGCCAUGCAGCAGAGUAUAGAGGAUCUGGAGCGUUCAUCUCAAUCCCACUACUACCACUCUGCCGCCCGGCAACCCCCCAAGCACCAAUCAGAAGCAGCCCUAAACCCCGCCAGCUCAGAAAGAAUCUCCGACAGCCUGGCAGCAGCGCCUGCCACGUCAGCAGACUGGGAUGCCAGCGUGGCGCUGACGCUACGAGAGGAGAGUGGGGAGUCGAGAGAGGGAGGGGGAGUGGAGGGGGGCAUGGAGGUGGAUGUGAGGGGGGGUGGAGGGGGAGGAGGGGUGGUGGAGAUGGUGUGGAGUGGAGCGGGAGGGGAGGAGGGGUUGGUGGGGCUUCGGAACGAGAUCGGGGAGUAUAACUGCUUCCUCAAUGUCAUUAUUCAGGUUCAGGGAAAGGCUGCUGCACCCAUCAUGCCAGCAGCACAGCCGUCAUGCCAGCAGCACAGCCGUCAUGCCAGCAGUACAGCCAUCAGAGAGCACUGCCAAUCCCUGUGGCACUUGCGAAGGUUCCGGGAGAGGUUGCUGCACCCGUCAUGUCAGCAGCACACCCACCAGGGCGAUCCCUGCGUGUCUCAGAUGAAUGAUGCCUCAGAGUCUCAGAUGAAUGAUGCCUCAGAGGUUCUCCCAGUCAUCUUCGACUGUCUCCACCGAGCCUUCACCGAACCUGCCUCCGAACCUGCAGGCAGGGCAGCUGGUUCGGCAUCAGAAGGAGCUUCCAGUGUCAAAGCCACAGCUGUCAACUUCUCGACAGAUCAUUCUUUUAUUGACCCGGGCAGCAGUGCAGCCAAUCAGAAGCAGGCAGGAAGCUGGGACUGCCCGGCCUCAACAGCAGCUUGGGACCGAGCCUACCUUGCAGCUUCGGCAGACAGCUCAACCCUGAAUGUUGCGUCUGUGCCGAACCAGACUGCAGCUCCAGGGCAGAGACACGAUGUAGGCCCGGCAGCAGGCUCGGGGACAGCCUCGGGGAGUGGGGCUGCUGCUGUGUCUGCUUCUCCCCUCUCCUAUGGUGCAGUUGUUGCCAGAGGGAAGGGCGGAGCCAACACUGCUGCAGCUUCUGCCGCUGCUGCGGCCGGGAAUGCUAGGAAAUCUGGUGGGGGGUUAGGAUCAGGAAGUAGAAUAGGGGACAGUGUAGCAACAGGAGUAGGAACAGGAGGAGCAGGAGGGGAAGCAGGUGCAGGAGCAGCUGCAGCAGCAGAGGUGGCAGGGGAGGCGGCAGCAGCGGCGUGCAUAGCGCACGGGUUGUUUGGGCUGGAUGUGACUGAAAUGAUGCGCUGCUCUCGCUGCGGGCUGCAGUCGCGUCAGAUGCGCUACUCCUCCUUCUUCCACCACGCCAACGCCACUGCUCUCAGGCUCUCCAAGCUGGGCAACCCCACGUGCCGCAUGGACGAGCUAUUGGCGGGCAUGGAGCAGCAUCACCUGCUGCCAUGCAAUGUGGAGGUGGGGGGGUGUGGGCAUCCCAACGCCAUUCAGCAUGUUCUGCGCCACGCCCCACCCAUCUUCACCACUGUUCUGGGGUGGCAGAGCGACAGGGAGGAAGCAGAGGACAUAGGGCUAACGUUGGGGGCUCUAGACGUGCAGAUGGAUGUGGGAGUGGUGUAUCGGGGGCUGCCGGGUCCACAGAGGGUGCGGGUGGUGUGUGUGGUGUGCUACUACGGGCGGCACUACCACUGCUUCUCCUUCCAUGCGGACCUGGGCAAGUGGGUCAUGUUCGACGACACCACCGUCAAGCUGAGGUGCUUGCGUGCGCUGGGGCCUGCCGGGUCCACAGAGGGUGCGCGUGGUGUGUGUGGUGUGCUACUAUGGGCGGCACUACCACUGCUUCUCCUUCCAUGCGGACCUGGGCAAGUGGGUCAUGUUCGACGAUACCACCGUCAAGAUGUUUCGGUUGAGCUGAGGUGCUUGCGUGCGCUGGGGCCUGCCGGGUCCACAGAGGGUGCGCGUGGUGUGUGUGGUGUGCUACUAUGGGCGGCACUACCACUGCUUCUCCUUCCAUGCGGACCUGGGCAAGUGGGUCAUGUUCGACGAUACCACCGUCAAGGUGGUUGGGGGCUGGGCGGAUGUGGUGAGCUAAUGCACCAGGGGCUGCCUACAGCCGCAAGGGCUGCCUACAGCCGCAAGUGCAUCAAUCAUGCUGGAUUCUCCUUCCCUCUCUCUCGUAUGAUCCCUGCAGGUGGUUGGGGGCUGGGCGGAUGUGGGGCUGCCUACAGCCGCAAGUGCAUCAAUCAUGCUGGAUUCUCCUUCCCUCUCUCUCGUAUGAUCCCUGCAGGUGGUUGGGGGCUGGGCGGAUGUGGUGAGCUAAUGCACCAGGGGCUGCCUACAGCCGCAAGUGCAUCAAUCAUGCUGGAUUCUCCUUCCCUCUCUCUCGUAUGA